AUGCCAGGAGGUGUUGGGAGCAAGGUUGAGCACGGCGUCAAGUUACAGAAGGGCGUUAUGAAGGCGAAGCGCCUAGCCAUGUACCUCACGCCUCAGACAUUGCUUUUGGUAUAUGUGGGGAUCUUCCUUAUGGCCAUGUGCACAGCCGUGGAGUCGAGCACGACGUACUCACUGUUGCCGUACAUCACUUCUGCCUUCAGUGCGCACUCGAUGAUGUCGACGGUGCAAGUAACGUUGAACGUAAUGAGUACAGCUUUGAAGCCGCUUGCUGCAAAGGUCUGCGAUGUCGUGGGGAGAACGGAAGCGCUGUUCAUUGCGGUCGUGUUCUAUGUGAUUGGAUACAUCGUGAUUUCCGUGACGCACUCCAUCGGAACCUACACAGCAGCACAGCUGUUCUACGUGGCGGGUCAGACAUCGUGCCUAAUCAUCAUACAGCUCAUCAUUGCCGAUAUCACUGGGCUGGCCAACCGUGUUUUGCUAUCUGUUGUGCCCUCUACGCCCUACCUUGUGAGUGGCUGGAUAGGGCCUCCCUUAGCCGAAGCGAUUUUGAAGAGAGGCUCAGGCUCCACAUGGAGACUCGGCAUUGCCAUGUGGGCUGCCAUACUCCCCGUUGCGGCAAGUCCCCUCUGCGGCGUGCUGCUAUUACUGAGGUACAAAUGUGGGCAGAAGUCAAGAAGAAACGAGCAAGUCAUUGAUAACGAUGUUGCAGUCCAUGACACUGACGUCAGAGACACUGACGUCAGAGACACUGACGUCAGAGACACUGACGUCAGAGACACUGAGAGUACGAGAGUGAGGAGCACGAUAAGUGACGAGAGUGCGAUGAGCAACUCGACUCAUGGCAUGACAUGGUACGAGAAAGUUUGGUAUUACCUAGAACAGAUGGAUAGUAUUGGAACGGUGAUGUUUGCGGGUGCACUUAUUUUGUUGUUGGUACCGCUUACGCUGUCUUCUACGGACCCGACGUACUUUAAGUCGGCUCAGUUUAUUUCGGAGAUCGUGUGUGGCGCAGUGUUACUGGCGCUCUUCGGGUUGUACGACGUGAAGUUUGCGAAGUACCCUACCGUCUCUAUCCGGAUGCUUCGGUCACCUACAGUGCUAGCGGGUUGCGCGACAGUGUUCUUCUACUUCAUGGCGUUUUACUGUUUCGAUAUCUACCUUACGUCGUACUUCCAAGUAGUUCAGUUCGCGACGAUUUCCCAGGCUGGGUAUGCUGGUAACAUCUUCAACGUAGCGUCGACCACGACAGGUAUCAUUGCUGGGCUCAUCAUCCGGUUCUGGAAGAAGUGGGAAACCACCACCACCCUCCGAGUCUCCGUGCUAACUGGGACCACCAUUUACUUGGGUGGCAUCAUUUGGCUUGCCGUAGCCUGCGCUAAAGACGGUGCAAGUUUCAUGGUGAUGCUCUUUGCUUUUGGAGUCAUCUCCGUUGGCGCCGGGUUCUUGACCACUCCGGUCCAAGCUGCUGUGCAAAGCGUCGUCAGUCACCAGGAAGUUGCGGCCGUGACCUCCGUCGUGUUGUGCUCUACGAUGCUUGGAGGAUCAGUAGGCACAACUAUAGGAGGAUGCGUUUGGACUGCCGUCUUGCCUAUGUAUUUACGCCGUUAUCUGCCGAGCGAUUUUGACGUAGCACGCAUCAGCGAGGACAUGACCUACGCCCUGAGCUUUCCCAAGGGCUCCGUAGAAAGAAUCGCCAUAAACAAAGCCUACCAAAAUUCUAUGUCUAUCCUUGAGUAUAUUGCUCUAGGCUGCGCCUGCGUAGUCUGGCUUUGUGCUCUAUUCAUCAAACCCAGCGAUGAAUUCGAAAACAACGACCGGGCGGGUGAUAUCUACCUGGCGCUCGACACUAAAAGUGAAGCGGCUGAGAUUCAAAACCACGAGCAAUUAAGUCUGGAUGUAGGCGAUCAUGUUUCAGGGAUUUAUCGUCCAGAGGAAACGAAGAUUACUCAGAGCUCUAUGGUAUGA